AUGCAGUGCUAUACGGAGCUAUUACCCCCAACAGGGGUCACCCACUCUUUGGCAAUUCCUUUCACCUCAGCAAGCGCGAACAAUCUAAUUGUUGUUAGAACUUCCCUGUUGCAGGUUUUCUCUUUGGUCAAAAUCCCCUCCCAACCACAGAAGGAGGGCUCAGAACCUCAAUCCUCGCAGGUGGAUCCAUCUCAAACGAAACUGGUCCUGGAGACAGAGUACUCGCUAUCUGGAACCGUGACUGACUUAAGCCGAGUCAAAAUUUUGAACACUAAGAGUGGCGGAGAAGCGAUCCUGAUCGCGGUUCGCAAUGCGAAGCUUAGUUUGAUUGAGUGGGAUCCUGAGCGCCAUGGGAUCUCUACAAUCUCGAUCCAUUACUAUGAACGAGAUGACCUGACCCGCAGCCCCUGGGUGCCUGACCUGAGCCGGUGUGGGAGCAUCUUGAGCGUGGACCCAAGCAGUAGAUGUGCGGUGUACAAUUUCGGGGUUCGCAACCUUGCAAUUUUGCCCUUUCACCAGGCGGGCGAUGACCUGGUUAUGGAUGAUUAUGACCCAGAGCUCGAGGGGGAGCGCCCAGAUCAACACUCUGGUGAAGGUGCACAGUACGAGAAGGGCAAAGGAGGACCGGCACACCAAACACCUUAUUCGUCCUCUUUCGUCCUUCCAUUGACAGCCAUGGAUCCUUCAUUACUGCAUCCCAUAAGUCUUGCAUUCUUAUAUGAAUACAGAGAACCCACAUUCGGAAUUUUGUACUCUCAAAUUGCGACCUCCACUGCCCUUCUUCAUGAGAGAAAGGACGUGGUGUUCUAUGCGGUGUUCACACUAGACCUCGAGCAGCGGGCGUCUACUACGCUUCUAUCGGUAUCUCGCCUUCCGAGUGAUCUCUUCAAAGUUGUGGCACUUCCACUCCCAGUAGGAGGUGCCCUGCUUCUUGGCUCCAAUGAGAUUGUUCACGUGGACCAAGCUGGAAAGACCAAUGCGGUUGGAGUCAAUGAGUUCUCUAGGCAGGUUUCCUCGUUCUCAAUGACGGACCAAUCCGACUUGGCAUUCCGCCUUGAAGGUUGUGUGGUUGAGCGACUUGGUGGUGAUAGCGGCGAUCUCAUUUUAGCACUUGCUUCCGGCGACAUGGCACUGAUCAAAUUCAAACUUGAUGGUCGGUCAGUCUCCGGUAUCACAGUUCAUCCAAUCCCAGUGCAUGCAGGUGGGGGUAUAUUGAAGUCAGCCGCAUCAUGCUCCACUUGCCUCGGUGAUGGCAAUAUCUUCAUCGGCAGCGAAAACUCCGAUUCGGUGCUCUUAGAGUGGUCACACUCAUCUACCCCUGCGAAAAAGGCUCGCCUCGAGUCAAACAAAGCUGACGGGUUUGAUGAUCUUUCGGAAGACGAUGACCAAUUGGAAGAUGAUGACCUUUAUUCAUCAGCGCCUGGACCAACGCAAGUCAAUAGUCGUAUGGGAACCGACAACUCGGCCCCUGAGUACUACAACUUUCGGCUGAAUGACAAACUUUCUAGCAUCGGUCCGCUGAGGGACAUCACACUAGGCAAAGCUUUCCCGAAUACACAUGGCAACAUUCAAGCUACGAGUGAAGCUGUUACCGCCGAGCUUGAUCUGGUGGCCUCCCAGGGCUCGGACAGAGGCGGUGGCUUGGUGGUCAUCAAGCGGGAAAUUGAUCCUUUGACCGCCAUGUCUCUGAGAGUUGAUGAUGCAGAUGGCAUUUGGUCGGCCAAAAUUACACAAAACAGAGGUUCUAGCAUGGACAACCCUUCCUGUCAAUAUAUAGUCGUCUCCCGAUCUACGGACUCGGAGCAAGAGACGAAUGAGGUCUUUGUUGUCGAAGAUCACGCCCUGAAGCCUUUCAAGGCAUCAGAAUUCAAUCCCAACGAAGAUCGCACGAUUGAUAUUGGAUCUUUGGCAGAUGGUACCCGUCUAAUUCAGGUUCUGCGGAACGAGGUCAGAAGCUAUGGCAUAGACUUGGGAUUGUCACAGAUCUACCCCGUUUGGGAUGAAGACACCAGUGAUGAACGCAUCGCUGUGAGCGCAAGCUUCAAGGAUCCGUAUCUUGUAAUCAUUCGAGAUGAUUCGUCAGUAUUGCUUCUACAGGCGGACGAAAGUGGCGAUCUUGAUGAAGUCUCGCUUCCAACUGAGAUCAGCUCGUCACAAUGGCGAUCCGGGUGCCUCUAUCACGAUAAAUCACAGUCAUUCAAUGUUGCAAGCUCAGCCUCCAACAACUCAACGAAGGGCGAGGUGCUCCUGUUUCUGUUGAGUACAGAGUGCAAGUUAUCGAUUUUGCGACUCUCAGACAUGAAGCUGCUCACCGUCCUUGAAGGCAUCGACUGCUUAUCACCCGUACUGUCGGCCGACCCUCCCAAACGGUCUAACACUCGGGAAAGCCUGGCCGAAUUUGUUGUCGCCGAUUUGGGUGAUAGCUUCAGCCUUUCGCCCUAUUUGGUCAUUCGAACCGAAAAUGACGAUCUCGUGUUCUACAGACCGAGCUUAGUCCCAGCAAACGCUGAUCCUGGAUCAUCUCAUCACCUGCAAUUAGUCCGGGAGGCAAAUAAUGUGCUACCUAAGAAUCACUUCGAGGAUGCAUCCUCACAAAUACAGAAGAAACAGCCGUCGAGGCCGCUGAAGGUCCUUCCUGAUGUCUCGGGAUUCAACACGUUGUUCAUGCCCGGAGCCUCCUCAAGUUUCAUCUUUAGGACUGCGAAGAGCACACCACACUUAAUUCGUCUUCGAGGAGGCUUUACACAUUGCCUAAGUAGCUUUGAUUCAGCCGAAACUGGCUGUGAAAAGGGGUUCAUUUAUGUGGAUUCUCAGGGCUGCAUCCGGGCUUGCCAACUACCUCCGCAGACUCAGUUCGAUUAUUCGUGGACAUUACGCAAAGUUCCAAUCGAGGAACAGGUCGACUUCUUGGCCUACUCGACCUCUUCUGAAACAUAUGUCCUCGGUACCAGCCGUCAAUCUGACUUCAAGCUGCCAGAUAGUGAUGAGCUGCACCCUGAGUGGCGAAAUGAAGAACUAUCAUUCUGUCCUAAAAUCCCAGCAAGUACCAUCAAGGUUAUCAGUCCCAAGACGUGGACUAUCAUUGACAGCUAUCCUCUGGAUUCCGAUGAGCAAGUGACAGCGGUGAAAAACGUGAACAUUGAGGUCUCGGAGAAUACGCACGAGCGAAGAGACUUGAUUGUGGUUGGAACCGCCAUUGCCAAGGGGGAAGAUAUGCCAGCUCGUGGGACGAUAUACAUCUUCGACGUGAUAAAAGUGGCACCAGACCCUGAGAAGCCAGAGACUGGUCGCAAACUCAAGCUGAUUGGCAAGGAGUCGGUGAAGGGCGCAGUGACCGCGCUGUCUGGGAUCGGUGGUCAGGGAUUCAUAAUCGUUGCCCAGGGACAGAAGUGUAUGGUCCGAGGACUCAAAGAAGAUGGAAGCCUUCUUCCAGUUGCCUUUAUGGACAUGCAAUGCUACGUUAGUGUUGCGAAGGAGCUCAAGGGCACCGGCAUGGUCAUGUUGGGCGAUGCCGUGAAGGGACUCUGGUUUGCUGGCUACUCAGAAGAGCCCUACCGAAUGACCCUCUUCGGCAAAGACCCGGAAUAUCUGGAAGUGGUCGCAGCCGACUUCCUUCCCGACGGGAACAAGCUUUACAUGCUAGUCGCUGACAGCGACUGCAACCUACAUGUGCUGCAAUACGACCCCGAAGACCCCAAGUCCUCCAACGGCGAUCGGCUUCUCAGCCGAAGCAAGUUCUACACGGGCAAUUAUGCCUCAUCGAUGGCCCUUCUGCCUCGUACGGCAGUUUCCUCAGAACUCACAGAGUCCUCGGAGGAAGCAAUGGACGUGGAUGAGAGCUUCGCAAAGCACCAUGUCCUCGUUGCUUCGCACAAUGGCUCCCUGGCACUUGUGACGUCCGUCGCCGAGGAGUCAUACCGUCGACUAUCGGCACUCCAAUCCCAGCUGGUCAAUGCUGUCGAUCACCCUGCUGGCCUGAACCCGCGUGCUUUCCGGGCCGUUGAAAGUGAUGGCGCUGCGGGACGUGGCAUGAUUGACGGCAAUCUCUUGCGUCUUUGGCUAAACAUGAGCAAGCAGCGACAGUUUGAAAUUGCGGGCCGGGUCGGAGCGACGGAGUGGGAGAUCAAGGCUGAUCUGGAAACUAUUGGCGGUGAUGGUUUCGGAUAUCUGUGA